AUGACGUUAUAUCAAAAUGAAAUGCCAAUUAAAAGGAAAAAUGUUACAAGACAUCCUUGGGAAGCAACAAUAAAGGACGAAUUUUCAUCCUACAUGAAAUAUGCACAUAAUUCUGUAAACAAUCCCCAUUAUAGACAAACAAUGCCGAAAACAUCAGAAAAGAAUAUAAAUCUUGUUAAAUUUACUGUAAUUGGUAAUAGGGUUACAGAUGAAUUCAUUUAUUGUGUGAAAUUGGUAAAAGGUGUUUAUAAGUAUAGAAGAAAAUAUUUUGAUGCUCCUACCAUUCGAGGUGUUAAUGGAGUUGAAUGGCCUCAAGUAUGGAAUGACUUAAAAGUUAAAUAUGGUGGAUUAGCUUAUUGCUUGUCGAACCAGGUUGCAGUUCUAAUCAACGAUCAAUUUCUGGGCGGAGAAAAUGAAUUAAAAGAAAUGAUAGAAUCAAAGUAUACAUAUCAUAUAUGCCCUGAUUACUACAAUGAAGCUAUUGCAGAAUUUUCGAAAUACAUCGACAGUUCUUGUAGACCAUGCGUCUAUAUGCACUUUUCAAUAAACUGUGAUCACAUUGGAACCAUGAUAUUUAUGUUGUACUCUGAUAUAGUACCACGAACAUGCGAGAACUUCAUGCGUCUGUGUACAGAAAAGAGAGGCGGCUAUGCCGGAACUCCUGUUCACCGCAUAGUCAAAGAUUGUUGGAUCCAAUGCGGAGGGUUUGGAUUGAAGGACACUCAAUUAGAUUGCGAAAAUUUUAUAGUGCCUCAUGAUCGCCGCGGAGUACUAUGCAUGGCAAAUGAUGGCAGACAUAAGGACUGUUCCACUCAAUUCUUCAUAUUACUGCAACCUGCACCAUGGAUGGAAAAGAAGUACGUAGCGUUCGGACAACUUAUCGACGGAGAACAAACGUUACAAAUAAUUGAGAAUGUUCCAACCUGGUAUGAGUCGCCAACUUGCGAAGUUGUUAUUUACAAAGCUGGUAUUUUAAACCUGGAUUGCCAAGAGAUAGUUGUAUGUAAAGGGAUUCAUGAAUAUAUUCAAGGGCAUAUUGAAAAUCUUUCUGAACUGGGAGAUGUACUGUAUUCGGAUCUGAUUAAAAAAGUAUUUUUGGAGCUAGAAACGAAACAAACUACACAUCAUCUUCAUCAGGAAGAAGAGGAAGAAGAAAAUGCUAACAAAGACUUGAAUAAUAUAAGAGCAACACGAAGAUUUAUAAGAAGAAAAGAAGAUAUAGAUAAACAAAUAGAAGAAAGUGAUACAGACAAUCAACAUUCAUCUACUGUAAGCGAGCAGGAGAACGAAGAGUUCGAUGUAGAACUAUAUGAAUCGGAAAACGAAUAUGAAGCAGAAGUAUCUUUAGAUGCACCUCCAAGUUCACACUCGAAAGUAAAACCAGAAAUACCAUUUUAUAUUCCAUUAACAGACGUGCCUUACCCUGGGGAGAUUGAUUCCACUCAUGACUUAAAAAAAUUCUUGAAAGGCCAUUACUGUCUUGAAGAAGAUUUAAUGACAGAACACCCUAAAAAGAUCGGUAAAGCGCAGGCUUCAUAUGCUUCAGAAAUGAUUGAUUUGGACGAAAUUCAUGACUCCGAUGAUAUUACUUUGAAUUCGCUUGACACAGACGAUGAAGAAGAAAUUCGAAGAUAUAUCAAGUGUAAUGUAGAUCGUGUAAGUUUUGCCGGAGAUAUAGUAAAAAAUAUUGCUAGAGGUGUAGGGAAAUUCAAUAUUUUUGAAGACGCCAGAAAAUCUGAAUUAAUCACCGAUGAAGAGUUGCGAAGAUUCAGACUCGCAUCAACCGAUUGUCGGACCAGGGAUGAACUAGAAAAAUUUGUGCCCUUAAACAUACCCCCGGUAGAAUCAAAGUCUCCCGAAAAUAUUAUAAGAAGUCAAACGGAGUACACGCUACCAGGAUUUUUAGACAAGGCCCUUAUAAGUAAAGGCAGUACAUCAAUAGAAGGUGAAGAAUCAUCGGUCGCUAGGAAAGUGCGAAUAGCUCCGACUGCUUUCACUCUAAAUACUAAACCCAGUCACAUUAGUCGCCGCGCUACGGGCUAUGUGCGUGGCAGCGCGGACUCCGACACCGACGUGCUACGCCGCUCCGUUCUCACGCGUCUCUACGAAGAUGUAACGAUCGAAGAUGAACCUGGGCCCACUUUAAAAGAUUAUAAACCGAUGUCUGAAAUGAGGCAAAGGAACAUAUUGCUAACAUUCUCAACUAAUUUUGGACACAGAAGCAAUGAAAGCACACGAGGUAAACUCCGUCGACCAUCCUUAAAAAUGGAAACACCGUCCUUUGACCAGGUGAUGAAUAUCCAACAUGGCAAAAAACUAGUGCGCAAAGUUUCCUCCGAUUAUGUUAAAACAUUAGACCGAAUUGAACAGCAGUUCGAAAAUUCUAUCCGGAGUAUAGAAUUUGCGAAGAAAAGACCGGCAAUGUCCGUAGCACAAUAUCAAAAGAAAAAUCAGAUGUUUCAAGAAAACCUGAAAGAAACUAAAGAAACAAAUGUUGCUAAGGUAAGUUUAAAUGAAGCGUAG